CACCAGGAACUCCUCCAGGGACCACAGACCGUUGGAGAGCAGGUAAUAGCUGAGCUGUCAUCAGUCCAGGUGACUGAGUGCACCUGAGCGUCAGUGCUGCCGUGGCACAGUCUGGAUAUUUACUGCUCCGUGAGGAAGAAAACCCACAGCACCGUGGCUCAAAGUAGGGACUGAGGCUCCCAUUUUCAGCCUGGAUUAUUUCACCACCUGGAUUUAUUUUUUUCUGUCUUGGUUUUUGGAGAUGGUCUGAGCUGCUGAGGUGGGAGUGGUUUUCAUGCCGAAGCACAGACUUUCACACGGACACAGAUGAAACAGCAUCAUACUUAAGUCUGUGAAACACCCAGCGGCGGCCAUGUUGGAUUUUUUCCUCACAUCGCUGGAGUUGGUCCGUCUCCAUCCGACACCUCGUGGCUGCACGCCGCCAACCUAAGUUUUCGGUCUCUCUCAGCUUCCUGUUUCUGUUUUCUUCAGUAACACCUGGUGGGGACAGAGAUCUCCAUUCACUCCUCACUGAGAAUGUCCUGUGCUCAUGACAAGCUGCUCACCUGCAGCGUUUCUCACCUGCGUCUCCUGCCGCUGACCCUCCUGUGGCUCUGCCUUCUGAACACAGGUGUGUCUGCAGAUCUGUGUAGGGUGAGCGGUGGGGUACUGGGGAUCCACUGGAGCAGCACCGUCAGCUUUGGCUGGUACCCUAUUGCGAGCGGCAAAGGCGGAGCCACGUGUUGGGAGACCUGCUGUUUACAUCCAAGCUGCGGCGCCGUGUGGAGCAUCGGAGGGAGCUGCGUUCUCCUCAGCUGCUCCAAAAGGAGGGGCUGCUCCAUCACUUCUCUGCCUCAAACUCACCAGGAGUCACUAGGCCUCCUUCAGCUGGUGUCAAAGGGUCGUGGGCCGCAGUCAGGAUCCUUCAGACGGAGAAGAAGAGACCUCGAAACCAGGGAAUAUCCUAUGUCGGCAUCACCGCUCCCCAAUAAGACUACGCUCGUUGCACACCUCAAGAUCGUCCAAAAGAAACACACCAACAGGAGUUUGGACGCCGCUCAAACUCUGUCCGAACAGAACUCAACUUCUGUGAAAACUGUUGAAAAUCCAGCGUCUUCCAACGGCAAUGAUGACGACGUGACCACAGUCGCCGAUUCUGCUGCCAUCACGUCUCCAACAAAGGCUGCAGUGAAGGAGCUGGUGGUGUCAGCAGGACAGAGUGUGGAGGUCACACUGCCCCGCAGCGAGGUGGAGCUCAACGCCUUCGUGGUGCCUCCACCUUCACCAGGUUCUAACUAUGGCUUUGACUGGCAUUUGAUAACACACCCCAAAGACUACAGCGGAGAGAUGGAAGGGCAGCACAGCAAGACGCUGAAACUCAGCCAGCUGACUGUAGGUCUGUACGAGUUUGAGGUGGAGGUAGACGGGGAAGGAGCUCACGGCGAAGGUUACGUUAACGUCACAGUCAAACCAGAGCCCAGGGUAAACAAACCGCCUGCUGCCAAAGUUUCUCCAAAGUUCCAGGAAAUAUCCUUGCCGACCAGUUCCACGGUGAUUGACGGCAGUCAGAGCACUGAUGACGACAAGGUGGUUGCAUGGCACUGGGAAGAGGUCAAAGGUCCCCUGAGGGAGGAGAAGGUCUCUGCUGAUACCCCCGUCCUCACCCUCACCGGCCUGGUGCCUGGAAACUACACUUUCAAUCUAACAGUGACGGACUCUGACGGAGCCUCAAACUCCGCACAGGCCACACUCACUGUCAACAAGGCCACAGACUACAGGCCUGUGGCCAACGCGGGCCCCAACCAGGUCAUCCAGCUGCCACGCAACUCCAUCACUCUGAACGGCAACCAAAGCACCGACGACCACGACUCCCUGUCCUACGAGUGGUCCCUCAGCCCCGAGAGCAAGGACAAAGUGGUGGAGAUGCAGGGCGUACGGACACCAACCCUGCAGCUGUCGGCCAUGCAGGAGGGCGACUACACCUUCCAGCUGACUGUGACUGACUCAGCCGGACAGCAGGACACCGCCCAGGUCACUGUCAUUGUUCAGCCAGAGAACAAUAAACCCCCAGUGGCCGACGCAGGACCAGAGAAGGAGCUGACGUUACCUGUGGACCGGACCACACUGGACGGGAGGAAGAGCAGCGACGAGAAGAUCGACUCCUACCACUGGAGACAGGCCAGUGGUCCUGUUGAUGUGAAGAUCGAGAACGCAGACACUGCAGUUGCCACGGUGACUGGUCUGGAGGUUGGCCAGUACGAGUUCACACUGACAGUGAUGGACGAGAGGAAGCUGGAGAGCAGUGACACGGUCACUGUCAUCGUCAGAGAAGAACUGGACCAGCCUCCAGUGGCCCGGGUUCUUCCCGGUCCAGUCGUCCUUCUGCCCAUCAAAACAGCUUCUCUGGAUGGAUCCCACUCCACUGACGACAAAGGUGGAGUGGCCUACCUGUGGACCAGAGACGACAGCAGUCCUGCUGCAGGGGAGGUUCUGAAUAACUCUGACCAUCAGCCCGUGCUGCUCCUGGGAAACCUGGUGGCAGGAAAGUACAGCUUCAGUCUGACUGUGACCGACAGUAAAGGACAGACCAGCAGUGACCGAGGCACCGUGGAGGUCAAACCAGACAUCUGGGAGCGUGAUCUGGUGGAGCUGGUGUUUGAGGUUCCUGUGUCUCAGGUGACCCAGCAUCAGCGUGACAUGCUGCUGCGUCAGGUCGGAGUCUUACUGGGCGUGCUCGACAGUGACAUCAUUGUCAGAGAGAUCAGUGCAUUUAAUGAGCACAGCACUCGUUUGGUCUUCCUGGUGUCUGGUGGUCCAGGGCGCCCUCCACUGUCCGGUCACAGCGUUGCACUUGGUCUCCGCAACAAACUGCACAAGCAGAAAAACGACUUCCUCAUUUUCAAAGCCCGUCGAGUGGACACAGUCAUCUGUCAGCUGAACUGCUCCAGCCACGGCGACUGUGACUCCUUCACUCGACGCUGCGUCUGUCACCCGUUCUGGAUGGAGAACUUCAUCAGAGUUCAGUUUGGAGACGCAGAGACCAAUUGUGAGUGGAGCGUUCUCUACGUGACUAUAGCGUCUUUUAUGAUUGUUGUCGCUAUAGCAACAGUGACCUGGGGGAUGGUGUGUUGCUGUAACAGACGAAAGAGCAAAGUGCGAAGGAGCAAAAGUCGAUACAAGAUUCUGGAAGCAGAGGAGAGGGACGCUCUGGAGCUCCAGGUGCCCAGAGCUGCGUCUCGUAUGAAGCCAGUCCCUGCACCCACCUCCUCCGCUCUCAUGCACUCGGACUCAGACCUGGACAGUGAUGAAGGACACGUCGGCGUCCCAUGGAUGGAGCAGGAGCGAGGACAACUCCUCAGACCUCAGAACGGCUCCGUGAGGAACGGCCAAGGUCCCGUCAGGAGCAAAAAGCAAAGAGAA